AGGCCGGAACUGUGGGAUUAAUGACAUCCCACGACUGGAGCAACCACAGUGUAGAGAACAGCUUUGACUACUGUGGUUCCAAGGAAAAACCUUUCCAGGACCCAUGUAUGAGCACAGCUAUUCUCCCUGACAAGGAUCCUUGCAGUAUCCAACAGGGAAAGGAAAUUCCCAAGCAAGGAACACUGCUCAGGAAGUACUGUACCAUGUCUCCAAAUCCCUGAGAAUCAAGUCAGAAAACUGGAAGUAACAGAAAGCACUAUAAGCGCAAUGGCGGCGGCCGCGGCGGAGCAGCAACAGUUCUACCUGCUCCUGGGAAACCUGCUCAGCCCCGACAAUGUGGUCCGGAAACAGGCAGAGGAAACCUAUGAGAAUAUCCCAGGCCAGUCAAAGAUCACAUUCCUCUUACAAGCCAUCAGAAAUACAACAGCUGCUGAGGAGGCUAGACAAAUGGCUGCUGUUCUCCUAAGACGUCUUUUGUCCUCUGCAUUUGAUGAAGUCUAUCCAACUCUUCCUUCUGAUGUUCAGACUGCCAUCAAGAGUGAACUACUGAUGAUUAUUCAAAUGGAAACCCAGUCUAGCAUGAGGAAAAAAAUUUGUGAUAUUGCUGCAGAGUUGGCCAGGAAUUUAAUAGAUGAGGAUGGCAACAACCAGUGGCCUGAAGGUUUGAAGUUCCUUUUUGAUUCAGUCAGCUCUCAAAAUAUGGGACUGCGGGAAGCUGCCCUUCACAUUUUCUGGAACUUUCCUGGAAUUUUUGGGAACCAACAGCAGCACUAUUUAGACGUUAUCAAACGGAUGUUAGUUCAGUGUAUGCAAGAUCAGGAACAUCCAUCGAUAAGGACAUUAUCUGCCAGAGCUACAGCUGCAUUUAUACUUGCAAAUGAACACAACGUUGCUCUAUUCAAACAUUUUGCAGACUUGUUACCUGGAUUCUUACAGGCUGUGAAUGACUCGUGCUACCAGAAUGAUGAUUCAGUCCUGAAAUCCCUUGUUGAGAUUGCAGAUACUGUUCCAAAGUAUUUGCGUCCUCACUUAGAAGCUACUUUACAGCUAAGUCUAAAGUUGUGUGGAGACACGAACCUCAAUAAUAUGCAACGCCAGCUUGCCCUUGAAGUAAUUGUGACCCUCUCUGAGACCGCAGCUGCUAUGUUAAGAAAACAUACCAAUAUUGUUGCACAGACUAUUCCUCAGAUGUUAGCAAUGAUGGUUGACCUUGAAGAGGAUGAGGACUGGGCGAAUGCAGAUGAGCUGGAAGAUGAUGACUUUGACAGCAAUGCAGUGGCUGGUGAGAGUGCCCUGGACCGAAUGGCGUGUGGACUCGGUGGGAAACUGGUGCUGCCGAUGAUCAAGGAACACAUUAUGCAGAUGCUCCAAAAUCCUGACUGGAAAUACAGGCAUGCAGGAUUAAUGGCCUUAUCUGCCAUUGGUGAAGGAUGCCACCAGCAAAUGGAAGGAAUUUUAAAUGAGAUAGUAAAUUUUGUUUUGCUUUUUCUUCAGGAUCCUCAUCCAAGAGUAAGGUAUGCAGCCUGUAAUGCUGUGGGACAGAUGGCUACAGAUUUUGCACCUGGUUUCCAAAAGAAAUUUCAUGAGAAGGUGAUUGCAGCCCUGCUACAGACCAUGGAAGAUCAAGGCAACCAACGAGUGCAGGCCCAUGCCGCAGCCGCUCUUAUUAACUUCACCGAGGACUGUCCCAAGUCACUGCUUAUUCCGUAUUUAGACAAUUUGGUGAAACAUCUGCAUUCCAUCAUGGUUCUUAAACUUCAAGAGUUGAUUCAGAAAGGCACCAAGUUAGUGUUGGAACAAGUUGUGACCUCUAUCGCGUCAGUUGCAGAUACUGCAGAGGAAAAAUUUGUCCCCUACUAUGACUUAUUUAUGCCAUCACUAAAGCACAUUGUCGAGAAUGCAGUUCAAAAGGAACUCAGACUUCUCAGAGGAAAAACUAUUGAGUGCAUCAGCCUCAUUGGUCUGGCCGUUGGGAAGGAAAAAUUCAUGCAAGAUGCAUCAGAUGUGAUGCAGCUCUUAUUGAAGACCCAGACAGACUUCAGUGAUAUGGAAGAUGAUGAUCCUCAGAUCUCUUACAUGAUAUCAGCAUGGGCCAGAAUGUGCAAAAUUCUUGGAAAAGAAUUUCAGCAGUACCUUCCAGUGGUUAUGGGGCCUUUAAUGAAGACUGCUUCGAUUAAGCCUGAAGUAGCCCUUUUAGAUACCCAAGACAUGGAGAAUAUGAGUGACGAUGAUGGUUGGGAAUUUGUGAACCUUGGAGAUCAGCAGAGUUUUGGUAUUAAGACUGCAGGAUUGGAAGAAAAGUCUACUGCUUGUCAGAUGCUGGUUUGCUAUGCUAAAGAGUUGAAGGAAGGCUUUGUGGAAUACACUGAACAGGUUGUCAAACUGAUGGUCCCUCUACUGAAAUUUUAUUUCCAUGAUGGUGUUCGAGUGGCAGCAGCAGAAUCCAUGCCUCUUCUCUUGGAAUGUGCAAGAGUUCGUGGCCCUGAGUAUCUCACACAGAUGUGGCAUUUUAUGUGUGAUGCUCUAAUCAAGGCCAUUGGCACCGAACCAGAUUCAGAUGUCCUCUCGGAAAUAAUGCACUCCUUUGCAAAGUGCAUUGAAGUCAUGGGAGAUGGAUGCCUUAAUAAUGAACAUUUUGAAGAAUUAGGAGGAAUAUUGAAAGCUAAACUCGAAGAACAUUUUAAAAAUCAAGAAUUGCGGCAAGUUAAAAGACAAGAUGAAGACUAUGAUGAGCAGGUGGAAGAGUCACUACAAGAUGAGGAUGAUAAUGAUGUUUAUAUUCUGACCAAAGUGUCAGACAUUUUACACUCAAUAUUCAGUAGCUACAAGGAAAAGGUGUUACCAUGGUUUGAACAGCUGCUUCCGUUAAUUGUCAACCUCAUUUGUCCACAUAGACCAUGGCCAGACAGACAAUGGGGAUUGUGCAUCUUUGAUGAUGUCAUAGAACACUGUAGUCCAGCCUCAUUUAAAUAUGCAGAAUAUUUCUUAAGGCCGAUGCUCCAAUAUGUAUGUGACAACAGCCCAGAAGUCAGGCAAGCAGCUGCGUAUGGCCUGGGAGUCAUGGCACAGUAUGGUGGAGAUAACUAUCGUCCUUUUUGUACAGAAGCACUUCCACUGCUGGUAAGAGUUAUUCAGUCUGCCGAUUCUAAGACCAAAGAAAAUGUCAACGCUACAGAGAACUGCAUCUCAGCAGUAGGAAAAAUUAUGAAAUUCAAACCGGACUGUGUAAAUGUUGAAGAAGUCCUGCCACAUUGGUUGUCUUGGCUUCCACUACAUGAAGACAAAGAAGAAGCUGUUCAGACUUUCAAUUAUCUGUGUGACUUGAUUGAAAGUAAUCACCCCAUCGUUCUUGGCCCAAACAAUACCAAUCUGCCCAAAAUAUUCAGUAUAAUUGCAGAAGGAGAAAUGCAUGAGGCAAUUAAACAUGAAGAUCCUUGUGCCAAACGUCUGGCUAAUGUAGUUCGUCAAGUACAGACUUCUGGAGGAUUGUGGACCGAGUGCAUAGCACAGCUCAGUCCUGAGCAGCAGGCAGCCAUACAGGAACUCCUGAACUCUGCCUGAGGGCCUUAAUAUCACCACCAGAAAACUAACUCCAAAUAAACGUUUACCCUUUUGUUUAGGUUUCUUUGUUUUGUUUUUGAGCAAAAGAGGACGGUAGAGUUGUGUUGUCUAGGCCAUUCUUCUGCAAAGCUCCAAGAGUGGGAAGAGAAGCACUGGGUUUCAGAGUGGUGUUUGAAAGGAUUUCUAUCGUACCACUGAAGAGGUUCCCCGUAAGCCCUACGGUAGCACUGAAGAGUAUUUUUCUAUUGGUGAUAAGCCACUCACGUGAAGGUGAAAGGGAAGUAAAAUUAAGUUUUCUCAUUAGACAUAAUGAAAUUUAAGACAAAACAGCUUUAAGAUCAGCUAUUCAGCAUAGAUGUGUGUUAAAACAAUUUGCUCUACACCUAGUGUUAAUUUUAUUAAUUGGAGUGUGAGUCUUUCUCAAGGGUAGAAAGAAGCCUUCUACCCAACAAACUAGUAGAUCUAAAAAUUGAAAAAAGAAAAAAAAAGCUGAAGACAAAAACAAGCAUGAAGAUGUCAUAUUUGAUGUCACUUUCGGGUUUUUCCCCAAAAGGCUGAUGCAGUGACUCAAUUUGGAAAGCUUUCAGCUUCCAGUCCUUGAAUGUGAAGUGUCGUUGGCAUGUCUGGCAGUAGUCUCUCAUUCACUCCUCAAUAAACAACAUUGAAAUACGAAAGAAGUUUGUGUAAAAAUUCAGUACUGUCUGGCUUUGAUUCAUUUAAUGUUUUUAAUAUAAGAAUAAGCUAAUAUUUUUUUAGAGUAGUAACUAUGGCUUUGAGUGUUUUCUUUUCCCCCAGUAUUUUCCUUGUGCAGUUUGAACUUUAAAAGCAUCUAGUUUUUACCAUUUUCCACUUUAAUUUAAGCUAAGUUAUAUAUCUAUUCCUUCAUGAUUGGUAUCCUUUUAAGGCUUGCAAAUUUUGACCAAUAGUUUUUUUUAAAUUAGGAUCGUUCUGGUAGAUAAAAAAGAUUUGGCUUAGUAUUUUCACUGCAAAUUAUAAUUGAUAUGGAGCCACACACAACUUUCAAACUUUUAAUUUUAUGAUAAAUAUUAUGCCUAAAAUUAUUUACUGGUAAAUUCAGGAAAAUGUGUGAAUUUUUUUUUCUUUGUGUGUUAACCUCAUACCAGUAAAUGACUUGCUGUUGUUUCUUUACAUAAUUUUUCUAAGGGGUCUUAGUAGAUUUCUGUUGAAACUUCAGUGUUAACAUUUUUAUAGUUUGUACUAAAUUUAACCGUGAUACAAAAAUGAAUUUUAUGCAUUAGAUCAGAAUUUAAAAUUAAAGAUUUUUUCUUUAAGUGAUUUGCAUUACUUUAUUAAAACUAAAUCUGAAAUGGAAUAGAAAAAAUGAAUUAUCUUAAGAUGGUUCACUUGGUAGCAGAUACCAUACCUUCAAAUACAUUUUCAGUUUUCAGCACAACAUUGGUAGCCCGGAGAAGCUUCAGUAACUGGCAGAACAACGUUGAAUGACUUCACCAGCAUAGACAUUGCUUUCAGUGGGCACCUCAACUGUUUUGUAAUGUGUGGGGAGCAAUGUUUGGAGCUACUUUAUACCCUGUAUUUCUGUUGGAGUAAAAUGUGUCGAGACAACUUCUUUGUGCUUUCUUACAUAGAGUUUGAAAAGCCAGUUUGUGUACUGAUGCCUAUCACAGUUUCACUUUUGUUUUUAAUUUAAAUUAUUACUACACUUAAAACUAAAAAUGUGGCACACUUGCCUGAAUUGAGAUGGAAGUGUGGUUGGAGAAUGGCUGCAGACUUGUGGAGAAUCUAGUGUCUGCAGAGUUCUGUGCUAACCACUUAGGAAUAUGACUCUCAUAGCUUCUGGUUUAAUUAAACAUUAUGGGAAAGUCAUAAAAUGGACGAGUGAAGAGUGGGUAAGAUCCCUGAAGGAAGAAAUAAAAGGGUACAAAUCCACCUUUCUGGAUAAAUGUAGAGAAACAUGUCAUUGAAAUUGAAUUCAUCAGGAAAGGUUGGUAUUGAAGGCCGCUCAUGUGACAUGAUCCUGAAAUCCAGGACUCCUAACUAAUUGUGAUAUGUUCAUGAACUAGCAGUUCUUUGGAAUUAUCUGGGGAAACAUUUUUAAUACCUCAUUUUGUCUACACAAGAUGAAAAUUCAUGUUUUUUCCUUUUGUACCAAAUUUAGUUGCCUAGUGGCCUUGUGUGUCAACCAGUAAUGGUAUAUUUAUGAAUCCAAGCUAUUUCUGGAAGGAAAUAAUGUGUGUGGCUCUUAACAUUUUCUGGGUAUUUUGUAACAAAGGAUUAAGUUAAGUGCACAAGUGUUAGAAAUUUGUAGCAAAACCCAUUUGGAGUAUUUUUUUAAUGCUGUAAAUUUAAAGAAAAGUAAAUUGUCUUAAAGCUAAUUUGACACUUCUGUAAUGGGAGGCAACUUUAUCAUGACUCUGGAGUUGUAGUUUGGCUAACAGAACCAUCACAAAAUACAUAAGCAAAUAAACAUUCUUGAUGCA